AUGAAAAAUGCUAUUGCUCUUGUAUUCCCAGAUACUCGUCAUAGAUAUUGUCAAUGGCAUAUAAUGCGAAAGUUACCUGAAAAAUUGGGAUCUCACGCUGCCUUCAAUUUUGGAUUGAAGACUUCCAUCCAGAGUGCACUAUAUGAUUCACAGACAUGCUUAGAACUUGAGAUGAAGUGGGGGCAACUUAUUGAGAAGUAUGAAUUUAGUGAUAAUGCAUGGCUGCAAGGGUUGUACAAUGAGAGGUUGUUCUGGGUACCGGCGUACCUUAAGGGAGUAUUUUGGGCUGACAUGAGCACAACUCAGAGGUCAAAAAGUAUGAACGCUUUCUUCGAUGGGUUUGUGCAUUCUGGUACGACGUUGAAAGAAUUUGUUGACCAAUUUGACAAUACUCUCAGGAAGAAGGUGGAGCUCGAGACGACAGCUGAUUUCAACUCCUCAAACCAAACCAUCCCAUGUUCAUCUGCAUUCAGCAUUGAGAAGCAGUUUCAAGCGGUCUAUAUGAGUGUAAAAUUUAAAGAGGUCCAAAAAAAGGUGUGGAGAAUGAUUUUAUGUAACUGCAUACUCAUUAGCAAGGAGGGGAGCAUUUCCACCUACGAUGUUUUGGAUGAAAUUACCACUGAUGAUGACCAUGUCAAGAGCGUCAGGUAUACUGUUUACUUUAACGAGGAGGAGGUUGAUGUCAAAUGCACAUGUACGUUGUUCGAGAUGAGGGAGAUCUUGUGUAGACAUACAUUGAACAUUUGCCAGAUGAAUAAGAUUCAUGCAUUGUUGGAUAAGUACAUUUUGGAUCGAUGGAGGAAAGAUUUAAAGAGGAGAUAUACUGUGGUAAAAAGUAGCUACGAUGACUUGUGA